GGGGGGGUCGGGGGUAAUAUAAACUAAGGAGCCGCUCAGGUUGUAUCUCAGUCAAUGAGGGGUUGGGAUUGGUUUCCCUCCGGACUUCCGGUGUGGCGGACCCCGGUCGGCGGUGAGUGACCCGGAGGCGAAGUGGUUUGUUGACAACCCGAGAGCAACAGCGGCGGCGGCGGCAGGGUUUAUAUCGGGAUCCGGAGCAGAGACGCUCUCAACACACACACACACACACACACAGUCCAUGUCGACUCCAGUCACAGGCCAUCUCCUGUCCUGACAGCCUUUUCCUCCUCUCCCUGUGUCUCCAGACACAGGGAGCCCUGACCCGAAGCACCGACCGAGUGGAGAGUUCGAGUUGCGGACUGCUGACGAGAAGCAGUUGACCGCAAGCUCCUGCUUCUAGCUGACCCUGUUGGACAGACGGACAUACAGAUAGACGACCAAGGCAGGUUCACGAGGAAGACGCGUGCAAGCCAAUUGCAAAACAGUUAUUUGACGACCGGGGUUUUCCCGUCAUCCAAGGGCGGCUGAAUGAUUUACAGAGUCCAGUGUGCAGGUGCUUUUCUACAGUGGGAAUGAGUUAAAGUACAGGUCAAGUCAGCUGUGACGCUGUUUAGGUUUAAAACCUGGAGUCUUGUAGGAUAGUGGUUAGUGCGCUCGCCUCACAGGCGAGAGGACCCGGGUUUGGACCCGGGCAGGUUAAAACCUGAAGCAAGUUUCUUUACUCCGCACCCAGCUGUUUACCUAGCAUCUCUCGCCGCCCAGUCUCAUUCUCUUCGUUGUGAAUGUUGGGGGAAUGGACAUGGCGUCAUACAGCCCAGAAUCGCUGAUGACUGUGUGCACUGAGUACUGCCUGCGUAACCUGGAGAGUACCCUGUGCUACCUGCAGGACAAUGAGAGGCUUCGACUGCACCCCGACGUCUUUCUGCCGAGCGAAAUCUGCGACCGGCUCGUCAACAUGUACAUGGAGCUGGUGAACACAGACCAUGGCUUCGAGCCCCACGAGAGCUUCUUCAGCCUCUUCUCAGACCAUCGCAGCACCCGGCUGAUGCGGCUUCACCUGCGAGAAGACAGUGUCCAGGACCACGACCUGGAAGCACUUUCCAAACAGGACUUGGUAGAAUUGCGUCUGGUGAACUGCGAGAAGCUCUCGGCCAAGAGUCUGCAGACGUUGAGUAACUUCCGCAGCUCCCUGGUCUCCCUCAGCCUCUUCGGCUGCAAGAACAUCUUUUACGAGGAGGAGAGUCCUGGGGGCUGUGAGGGCGACGACGAGCGUCUGGUGAACCCAACCCGCCAGGUGCUGGUCAAGGACUUCACCUUCAGCGGCUUCCAGAAGCUCUGCUUCCUGAAUCUUGGACAACUGACCGACGGCGUGAACGUGGAGACCCUCCUGCGCCCGCUCGCCUCCCUCACCUCCCUCGAUCUCUCCGGGAUCCAGCUGAACGACGUGCAGUUUCUGCUGCAGUGGCAGGAGCGACUCGGCUCCCUGGUGCUCUACAACAUGGACCUAUCCGAGGAGCACCUCUGGGUCAUCAUGCAACUCUCUAACCUCAGACACUUGGACAUUUCCCGGGAUCGGGCCUCGAGUUUCUACAAAUUCAAGCUCACCAGGAAAGUGUUCACCGCCUUCGUACAAAACCUGAAAAACCUCCUCUCGUUGGACAUCUCGGGGCAACUGAUGCUCGAUAAUUGUGCCGUCUCCAAUCAUGACGAAGCCCUGGGGCCAGGAAGUAACGAACCACAGAAAAGCAGCAUUGAACCGUUCCGAACACUGAAGCGAUCCUUUCAGUUCCUGGGGCUGUUUGACACCACACUGUGUAACCUAACUCACAUCCCUGCUUAUAAGGUAACCGGCGAAGCGAACGAAGAUCAGAUCUUGAACGCGAUCGAAGCUUACACGGAAUUUCGGCCCGAGAUCGCCUCCCGCGCCAUCAACCACCUCUUUGACAUCGCGCGGAUAGACCAGUGCGAGCAACCGCUGCGGGCUUUACAGCUGGUGAUCGCCGCUCUGCGGUGCCACAAGUACGACAAGAGUAUCCAGGUGACGGCCAGCGCGGCUCUCUUCUACCUGACCGGCUCCGACUACCGGCCCGAGCAGAGCACCAAGCUGCGGCGACAGGUCAUUCAGGUGGUGCUCAAUGGGAUGGAAUCGUACCAGGAAGUGACGGUACAGAGGAACUGCUGUCUGACGCUGUGUAACUUCAGCAUUCCCGAGGAGCUGGAGUUCCAGUAUCGCAGAGUCAACGAGCUGCUCCUGAGCAUCCUGAACCAGCCGCGGCCGGACGAGUCCAUCCAGCGCAUCGCCGUGCACCUGUGCAACGCCCUGGUCUGUCAGGUGGACAACGAUCAUAAGGAGGCCGUCGGGAAGAUGGGCUUUGUUACGACGAUGUUGAAGCUGAUUCAGAAGAAACUGGCAGACAAAGUGUGUGACCAGGUGAUGGAGUUCUCGUGGAGCGCUCUGUGGAACAUCACGGAUGAGACCCCGGAUAACUGUGAGAUGUUCCUGAAUUGUAACGGGAUGAAGCUGUUCCUCGACUGCCUGAACGAAUUCCAGGGGAAGCAGGAAUUACAUCGGAAUAUGCUGGGGCUGCUGGGAAACGUCGCCGAGGUCCGACAGCUGAGGCCGCACCUCAUGACCACACAGUUCAUCAGCGUCUUCAGUCGCCUCCUAGAAAGUGAUGCCGAUGGGAUUGAGGUGUCGUACAACGCGUGCGGCGUCCUGUCUCACAUCAUCUUUGACGGGGACGAGGCCUGGGCUAUCGCCGAGCCCCGGAGAGAGACGGUGAUGGACCGGAUGUGGCAAGCCAUCUCCAGCUGGGAUGAAAAAUCCAGGCGGAACAUCAACUACAGGUCUUUUGAGCCAAUCCUACGCCUUCUCCCUCAGCGAAUUGCUCCCGUUAGCCAGCACUGGGCAACCUGGGCUCUCUUCAAUCUCACCUCUGUCUAUCCUGAUAAAUACUGUCCGUUGCUUAUAAAAGAAAACGGGAUUGAGCUGCUGAAAGGGGUGAUCGACAGCGAGGAGGCCAGGUCAGAGACCAAAGCCAUGGCCAGGAAAGUGUUCAGUUUCUGUGAGGAUUACAAAGAUCGAAUGGACACGUCCAGAUAAAGGCUGAGACUGUUUGCUGACCUCUGCUUCCCAUCUCCCGUGGCAUCUGUGUAAAUACCAAGGAUCCUUUCCGUACUGCCUCACAGCAAUGCGUCAUAGGAAGGAGCCUCUGUGUGUGACACUGUUAUUUGAUGGCACGCAGGGGAAACAUUCGAUGUUGCACAAGAAAAUGUUAAUUCGUAUAAUUUUUUUUAUGACUGGGAGGUUUAAUGUUCUCUCUCUCUCUCUCUCCUUGGUGUCUCUUUCACUCUCUCUACCCUCCUCCUUGUGUGUAUGUGUGUUUCUCUCUCUCUCUCUUACUUUACCCUGCUUACUGACUCUCUCUCUCUUUCACACGCGCACACCCACAAACAUGUCCUUCUCUAGCUUUCUUUCUCUCUCACUCACUUUCUCUUACUUUCUGUUUCUCUGUGGGUUUCUCCCCGUCUCUCUCUCUCUCUCUUUCUCUCUCUCUCUCUCUCUCUCUGUCUCUUGUAUAAAACGUGCUUCCAUGGUUUGUCUCUUAACUGGGAUGUACCAGUUACUCAAUACAAACGGUUAUAAACUUCCAAACAAAAAAACUCCACAGAGGAAUGUCUUAAACUGAGCAACUGAUCCCAUCCGACUGUGGUUUCACUCACCGAUCUGGCGCUGGGAAGGGGGUGAGGUGAGGGGGUGAGAGGGGGAAAGAGAAAGAGAGACCGUCUGAAUAUGUCUGCUCCCUCCUCAGGCAUUGCUCUGGAGCACAGGUGUCUGCCGCGUGUCUCACUACACCUGUCAUGUCUGCAAGCUGCCGGCUGCUGGAGAGAGACAGAAAUGCCCGUCUCCUUGUCACAGGGUCUUGUGCGAACUCGAGGGUCAGCUUCGCAAGCACCGUGAAGCUUGGCAAGCGCCUCAGCUGCGCUCCCAACGUGUCGGUGCCACUAAUUCAGUGCUGGAAGGAGCCAGUGGAUAGUGUUGGAUGGAUGAGGGGCGUGUAUGUGUGCGUGUGGGCCUGAGGGGAUGUGCGUUCCCCUGGUACGGAGCCAGAUCACACUGCACAAAUGUAGUUGCCUGCACACCCAGCAGUUAGACAGACAGCCCUGGUGUUCAGCAGAGUUUCCAACAGAUCCUCCCCAUGUCAGAGCUGACGAACCUGCAGAGAGGGGUUGAGAGGCUGCCUGUGCGUCUCCUAACGAGAAACGUUGUUUAAUCACUGCUGCCGGCAAAGACGGCCUCCGCAACACAACACAACUAACUGGAGGCCUCGGUCGGCAGUGUGGCUAUUGUAUCAUGUCAGUCGUGAGCACUUUUCCGUGUUAAAUUUUUUUGUUUGAGUUGAUUGAUUGUAUUUUAUCUUGGUUUCGAAGGUGCAUGUGAGACUUGAAUGAAGGGGGGAAAUAAUGAUUUUACUGUAGAUACACAUAGGGCAUAAGAGUUCAGCCCUCCCCAUAUGAAAUGACCCAAACACACACACACACACACACACACACGCCAGAUACACAGGCACGUGAAUAAAAACACAAGUACACAACACACACAGACACAUACACACACAUAACAAACUCAGACUCUUGAAAACUAUUCCGUGCUCGUAUUUGAUGUAUGAUUUUUGAAAACCUUUGUUUGUAGUUCUACAUUUGUUAAAGGGAUGUUGGAAAUGUUACUGUCUCCUGUUUUGUGCUCGUGUGCUGUUUUGUGGGGACGGAAUACAAGAUUGGGUUAACUCAC